AUUGAGUCGAAACGAGGCGGUUUUAUUGAUCAGAAGAGUGUUUGUGUGUCCGUAGGGUGCUAGCUAGCUAGUUGUAACGCGACGUUAGUUGUGUGGGAGAUCAAACCUAGCACGCGCACACACACACACUCUCACGCGCGGAUACGAAUGCUGUUUUUAGUUCCAAGUUGUGUAUCAAAAACAACACGGAUGACGGUGUGUAGAAGUACACAGUGAUAUUUUUAUUUACGGCUUUGGUGGAGGAGAAGGAAGUAAGACGGGGAAACAGGAUAGACUGAGAGAAAGAGAGAGAGAAAGAGUGAGAGAGACACCCCCUGUGUAAAGGAAAUGCCCAUCGCGGCUACUGGUGCGCCGCCAGCGACUCCCGAGCCUCACGUGCGUCCCCGCGUCCCAGCCGGCGCCGAGCGCGUGCCCAAGCGCACUCCGGAAGGCGAGUACGGCGCACCGGAAGCGGCACUAGUGGCGGACAGAUUGCACGGCGUCUCCGCUUCCCCGGCAUCCACGUCUCACCUUUCUCCCCCGACGCCCUCGCCUCAGCCCAUGGCCACCGAGCCGCCCAGGACUCGGUCCCGCUCACGCUCCGGAUUCUAUCAGAGCGCCGGCGCGAACAGCGGCGCAGGGAGUUCAGGCGCAAACCUCCAUCAUCACCAUCACCUUCAUCAUCAUCAUCAACAGCAGCAGCAGCAUCAGCAGCACCAGCUCAGCGGCGCAUGCGCGGUGCUCGGAGCUCACGGACACCCGGAGAACCUGCGGCCGCCCGCCGGAGUGCUGUCCCCGGGUGGACACCGGCAUCCGGGUCCCGGAGCGCACAGGAGCCCUGGAGGAGCAGGAGCGAUGGGAGGAGUGUAUCACUAUCAUUCCGAGCCGUCCUGUGCAGAUGCCACAGAUAAGACGGAGGACUCCCCCAGUCCUAAACGUCAGCGCCUCUCACAGCAGUCUAUGCUAGAGCUAGCCUCCGCCCCGCCCUCCACGCCCUCGCCACCCAUCAGGCCUUGGGAGCUCCCGCCCAGUCGCAGACCACACCCCUAUCCUCACUCACACUACCAUUCUGAGCGCUGUCACACGCCCGCCAGACACAGACGCAGCCCUCCAGCGCGGCGUCAGCGUGCCCGGCGCGAGCGCCUCUCUCGGCUCCAUCACGGCUCUCCCGGCGGCCCCCAGGACGAGAACUACCGCCACCCUCCUCAUCCGCACACACACGCCCUUCACUCAUAUGGCCCGGCCGUGCCCCCUCACCCGCCGACGGGCAGCGACGAGCCACGCGCCUUCCACCCUCCUGCUCUGUCACCACGGUUACUGCAUCCACAGCAGCAAGGCACCAUGGUCAUGGACCUCCAUGAGCAGCUUCCUCAGGGUACUGUCCCCGUAUCAUACACAGUGUCUCCGGUUGCAGCCCACGCCCUGCCGCCUCCUCUCUGCACAGGACAGCAUAUCCCAGCAUGCUCGUCUCAGCAGCAGGUGCCUGCCUGCUCAGUGGUCUUCAGCAGCCAGCAGCACUACCCCGUCUGCCCACCUCCGAUGCUGCCCGCGUGUUCAGUGCAGCACUUGCCCGUGCCGUACGCGUUUCCGUCGCUGCUUUCCAGCGACUCUGCCUUCCUGCUUCACCCGCCACACCACCUCUCACACCAUCACCACCCGCCACACCUGGCCCCGCCCACACACUUCCUGCCUUUCCAAACACAACAGUCAAGAUCACCACUACAGAGGAUUGAGAAUGAAGUGGAGCUGCUCGGGGAUCACCUGCCAGUAGGAGGCAGCUUUAACUAUGCCCACUCGGGCCACCCCAGCCCCCUUCCUCCGUCCACACCGCUGCAGUUCCUCUCUCACGAUCCCCUGCCACAGGAGCUCUUCGGAGUGCCGUAUCCACACUUCAUGCCUCGACGCAUCGCGGGUCGGCGGUACCGUUCGCAGCAAGCCGUGGCUCCGCCCCCGUAUCAUCCAAGCCUCCUUCCAUACUUCCUAUCUGUUCUUCCAGUGCAGCCUACAGCAGUGGGGCCUGCUAUCAGUUUAGAGCUCGACGUAGACGACGGAGAAGUGGAGAAUUACGAGGCUCUGUUGAACCUUGCCGAACGUCUCGGGGAAGCCAAACCACGCGGCCUGACAAAAGCUGACAUCGAACAGCUGCCUUCCUACAGAUUCAACCCCAGCAACCACCAGUCUGAGCAAACCCUGUGUGUGGUGUGCAUGUGUGACUUCGAGUCCCGGCAGUUGCUCAGAGUUUUGCCCUGUAAUCACGAAUUCCACGCGAAGUGUGUCGACAAAUGGCUCAAGGCUAACAGAACCUGCCCUAUCUGCCGAGCCGACGCCUCCGAAGUCCAGAGGGAUUCCGAGUGACCAAUCCCGACCUGUUUCACUCCUGCCCCCGUCUCUCACACACACACACACACACGCCCGCAUACACACCCCAUCCCACCAGUUUUCUCGUGGACUUUUCCUUCGUCUCAACACACUGGACUUCCUCCAAUAAACACACACUUUUAUUUUUAUUUAUUUUUUCCCC